GGGAGCGGAGGGGUUCAUUAUCAGCCGGAACGUAAACAGCGUCGCUGCUUUUCACGCCAUCCGAUAAAAUGUUUAAAUCACACUGUGUUAAUUAGAGCCGAAAUCAAAUCAAUGCGCCUGUGGACGCGGACGACUCGAGAUCGUGAGCGCGUGAACGCGGAUUAAGCAGCGCUUGGAACAAACAAAACCAAGAGAGCGGAGUAGCAGAGAGUGCGUGAGAAGGCGUGAAUAGUGAUUUUUGGCCGCAAAGCGAAGGCCCACAGUGAACGAAUCACGGCGAAAGCGGAUAAACAAAAGCCAUAAAAAACAGAUUCGCACGAGAAUAGCAAAAUCGUCUGUGCUAUUCAAUUGGAAAAAGUCUGAUUUGCCCGAGACUGGCGCGGAUCCGCCAUGGACGACGAGUUCAAGCUCUGCUGGAAGAACUUCCAGGACAACAUAGCCAGCGGCUUCCAGAACCUCUACGACCGCGGAGACCUGGUCGAUGUGACCCUCGCCUGCGAUGGAAAGCUGCUCCAGGCGCACAAGAUAGUGCUGGCGAUAUGCAGCCCCUACUUCCAGGAGAUAUUCACCACCAAUCCCUGCCAGCAUCCCAUAAUAAUACUCAAAGAUGUGAGCUUCAACAUCAUGCUGGAGCUGCUGGAGUUCAUGUACCAGGGAGUGGUAAAUGUCAAGCACACGGAACUGCAGUCCUUCAUGAAGAUUGGCCAGCUGCUGCAGAUCAAGGGUCUGGCCACCAACUCCAACUCUUCGCCGGGCUCCAGUGCCUCGGAGAAGUCCACUAGUCAGACGCCUCAGACGGAAGAAUCGCCCAAUACCAGCAGCAAUACCCACAACAACAACAAUCACAACACAAACUCUAAUAGCAAUAAUAAUAGCAAAUCGGAAACGGAUCACAACGAGAGCAAGGGACAGAGCAGUUCGCGGAACGCCUCUCCUGGCGGUGCCAGCAGAGCCUCCAACGAAGCCAGUAGCCACCUGUACACGGCUAGCAAACGCACGGCGCCGUCGGACUUUGGCAACGAUUCCCUGUCCAUUUACUCGGGAAAACAGUUGAGGCGCUCGCUAAAGGACCACGGCUCCAGUGGAAGCGACGGUGGCGGAGCCGAGACUACGGACAAUGGCUCUGAAAUGGAGAACGCCCUGAACACACAAGAGUUCUUUAUGCCCCCCAUCCCGCACAUUUCCAUGGUGGAGCCGCGUUAUGAUCUCGGACUGAAGCGUGAAUCGGAUGGCCUCCACCACGGGCCCUCGUCGGGCGGUGCCGGGAGCUCGGGCAGCAUUGGCAGCCUAACCUCCUCAGCCUCGUCGGCGACAGCCAUACGCAAUCCCUUUGCGCCGGCCUUCAACCUGGACAACUAUAAGUUCUACAACAGCGGGAACAGCGGCGGCGGCGGAGGCGGACCCAGCGGCAGCUCCAACAACUCAGGCGGACCCGGAGGCAUCAGCAACAAUGGACCCCUCGGCUCGGGAACGGAGUAUCCCAACGAGCUGUUCAUGCCCAACGAUUACUCCAAGAACUUUGCCAAUCACAUGGACAUACCCUCAAACUGGGUUUGGUUUGCAUCCAUCAUCAUCGGCCCGCCCGCAUAACAUCAUCAUGCAUUCCACGUACCCACUAGCCCACUGAUCACUGAUCACACUGCCCCCUCCUAACCAGGAAUGGAACCAAAUGGAAAAACUAACAAAGCCGCUAUUGAUUGUAGAGGGAUAUUUGCUGAUUUAACUGGGGUAAAAGUCUUAAGCAGACGUACUCGAACCGAAGGUGUAGUUAGAUAAACAACUGAUGGCUUUCAUUGUUGUCAAGAUCCAAUUGUGGUAGACAGAUAGGCUUCUGGAGUUAUUUUUUCAUCAGGGUUGAAGAAGGUGUAGUUCGAUUCCUGAGAAAACGUAGUAAUAAUUUUUUAUAAGCAAGCUUUCACUAAGUUUUUAAACAUGUGCAGUUUUAUAUUUAGUUUGCGUGACAAAGAAAUUCGAAAAAGAUUCUUUGUUGGGAAUUUAAUUAUAUAGAACAAGAAAGAUAGUUAACUUCGGAACGUUCAAGUUUUUAAACCUAUUCUAAUUUCAAUUCGUUUAGCUUUUUUGUUCUAGUUUUUAUAAAGCUACUAAAACUGCACACUGAAUUUAAAAUUUAAAAAAUUAAAUGUUUUGCUAAUUUAUAAAAGUUCGACAAAAAAGUAGAAUUUUUGUAUUUUACUGGACAUAGAAAGACUCGGCUGUUGAUGCUUAUCAAUAUCAAUAUAUGUAUAUGAUUUAUGGAGUCGAAAAUUACUCCUUCACCGACCCUACAAAAAGACAGGAAACAUUUGAAUUGUUUAAAUAUGUAUUUAUCCAUAUUUUUAUAUAAAAAUGUUGCUGUCAAAAGCCAAAAAGGCAAAAUUCAAUUCGGACAGCUUUUCUUUUCUAGUUUUUCCUAGGUUAACCAAUCUACAUACUACACUACUACCUUAUAAAAUUGUCUUAAAGUUUGUACUUAUUGUUUCUGCCAUGUAAGAUUGGCUCUCCUGUUGAUGCUUAUCAAGAAUAUAUUGAUUAAUAGGGUCGAAGGAGUCAGUCUUCACUCCGCCACUAGCUUUUGACGGAGAUUAUAAUACCCAGCAAGGGCAGCAAAUAUUUCGAUGCAUCUUUACCAAGUGAAUUCAUUUAAUAUCAUCUUGACUUUUGAGCUUUUAAAACCAUUUCAAGUAGUAAAUUUUAGUUAAAACUAUAGAAUGGGCUAUGGAUUCUUCUAACGCCUAACUAAAACCGCACAGACACGAGAACACGCACUCCCCAAUUGCAUACUCCACGUGGGGCAGUACGACUCCACCAACCUCAGCCACUACCCACCACCGAAUAGCUUGAACCGCCCGCCCCCUUUCCUUCCCACCUGUAAAUAACACCCGUUAAGCGCUCCAGCGAAGAACUAUCCACUAAUGAUACACCAUUGUCCGUUUG